CGGUCUCUUCCGGUACGAGGUGCUUUAGUAGAAUAAAAGACCAACUCCAGUCAGUCUUCCAAUUUCAACUGUUUAAAUUGUUAAACAGACAAUGAGUGUAUGGAAUACCACCCUCGAAUUCUGUAAAAAUACUACUUGCAACUUUAACUAGCGACAGGUUCCACAUACAAUUAUGGAGGCUUAAAAGAAGUUGAGUGUUUGGGGGGGGAAAGAAGGGGGCUUUCCCCUUUUGGUGGUUGGUAGCUGUGAAAAGGAUUUAUUGAAGGUGCCAAAGUUGUGUGUGUGUGUUUUUUCAGUAAAAAAAAAAAAAAAAUCUAAAAUAUAUUUUCUGAGAUUGUAAUGUAUAUUUAUAUAUAGUAACAUAUCUAUUUAUUUAUAUACUGGUUAAUGCUGUGCAAGGUGCCAUAUUUCUUCCGAUGCAGUUUGCGUAAGGUACAGCUAUCAUGGUUGAUUGAUGUAAUUUGAAAAAGGACCACGGGUUGCUAGGGUGCCGUGGAUUUUAACACAAGCACAAUUCUAGCUCCUGGGUAUUUAUUAUUAUUAUUAUUAUUAUUUGCACCUUAAACAGCGUAUAAUAAUUUAGGAAUAAAACCCAAAUUGCCAGGGUGUUUGUUUUCUUGUAAGAAGGGGGUUGUAUUAAACACUCCAGAAUGAAUGUGGCCCCUCCUGACUGCACCCCAAAGUGUCGCUCAGUCCAGCAUGCCCUGGAUGCCCUGUCUGCGCUGACCAAGGGCAAGGAAGGCCAAGUCAAGGCCUUCCUAUCUAACCACUGCCACAAUGUGGCCACUCUGAAGGACAGCUUUGGCAGGACCGCACUUCAUUUUGCUGCCUCGCUUGGGAAGAGAGGGGUGCUUGACUGGCUGCUGGACGUGAAGGGAGCUGACGUGUUGGUGAAGGACAAGGAAUCCGGCUGGACCGCCAUGCACAGGAGUGUGUUCUACGGACACAUCGACUGCCUAGUGUCCCUUGUGAAGCAUGGCAGUAGUCUUGUUGCUCAGGAUAAAGAGGGACUUUCAGUUCUUGACUUGAUGAUGAAGGAUAGGCCAUCACAUGUAGUUUUCAGAAAUACUGAUCCAACAGAAGUUUAUACCUGGGGCAAUAACACCAAUUUUACUCUUGGCCAUGGAAAUCAACAAAGCAAACACCACCCAGAACUAGUGGAUCUUUUCCCGAGAAUUGGAAUUUAUAUCAAACAGGUGGUGCUGUGUAAAUUCCACUCCGUGUUUCUCUCUCAGAAAGGUCAGGUUUAUACCUGUGGGCAUGGCCAAGGUGGACGACUGGGACAUGGAGAUGAACAAACAUAUCUGGUUCCACGGUUGGUAGAAGGUUUAAUCAGCCUUCACUGUUCACAAGUGGCUGCUGCCAAGGAUCACACUGUGGUGCUGACAGAAGAUGGAUAUGUUUACACUUUUGGACUAAAUACCUUUCACCAGCUGGGCAUUGCACCACCUCCAGCCACCAGUAAUGUUCCCAAACUGGUCCAGUCCAAAUCUCUGAAAGGAAGGACUGUUAUUGGUGUGGCUGCAGGAAGGUUCCAUACCGUUCUCUGGACAAAAGAAGCAGUAUAUACUGUGGGACUCAAUGGGGGCCAGCUAGGCUACCUUCUGGACCCCAAUGGAGAACGGUGUGUGACGGCUCCCCGACAGGUGUCUGCGUUGCAUCACAAAGACAUUUCAAUCUCCAUGGCAGCUGCCAGCAACGGUGCCACAGUUUGCGUCACUGAAAAAGGGGAUGUCUAUCUGCUGACAGAUUAUCAGUGUAAAAAACUGGCUUCCAAACAGCUCAACCUAAAGAAAGUGCUUGUUACGGGAGGCUUCUUGGAUCAUAGGGUCGACCCCCAGAUUCUCCGAGAGGGUGGAGGUGAAAAGAUGUCUAUUCUAGCAUUGGAUGAAGCUGGAAGAGUGUUCUGCUGGAAGUCGUCGAGUGGCUCUGUGAAGCAGUGCAGAUGGGCGUACGGACGGCAAGUCUUCAUGUCGGAUAUUGCUCUUAGUAAGAGUGGAAUGAUGUUCAUCACUAUGGAGGGUGAAGGAUUUUCCGGGCAGUGGGUGGCAGACAGCAAAAAGAUCCCUGACAAGAGAGAUGACCGAACGAGCCUCGUGAACACGGCUGUCACAUUCUGCCACACAGAGUCAAGCACUAUGUACGAGAGAAUUCGAAUUGACAAGCUUCCAUUUGUUCACCGGGCUGUCGGCAUAACUACUGAUUCUAAUGGGCGUAACUUUGCAGUUUUGCAGUCUGAUCCUAAGACUAGCUUGUAUGAAAUUCCCAGUGUGUCGUCAUCUUCCUUCUCCAAAGAUUUCCACAGCCUUCUUGCAGAAACGGAUGAAACGGACAACAUCCAUGAUGUGACACUACAAGUAGACAAUAGGAUUUUCCCAGCUCACAAAUACAUCCUUUCCAUGAGGUCAGAUUACUUUCAGAAGCACUUCUACCCUGAGUCUGACCGCGUGGGAUUGCCCGACAUCCUCCAUCUCAAUGAAGACGCAGUGGGAUGUGAUCUCUUUGCACUUGAGAAAGUCCAUCCUGAUAUGUUUGAGUACCUCUUACAGUUCAUCUACACAGACAACUGCGACUUGCUCACCCAUGGCUACAUACCCAAAAUAAGCCAAGUGGACAAUAAGAAAGACUGUCAGGAUACGCUCAUCUCCAGCCUGCAGAAGAUUAGCUUCCACGAGGGUCUGAAGGGCAAGUCUGCCUACAAGGUUUACCGGAGCCAUCAAGUAAAUGGUGAUAGGGAGAAACAGAAAACCAAAGCCAAGAAUGUCAAGAAAGGCAAGGAGGCCAGUGAGGAAGCCAAUCCUGUGAAAACGUUGCAGGGAUUGGCAAAGAAAUUUGGGAUUGCCAGCCUGGCUACUCGGCUGGAUGGAGUUAAAGUUGAAAAUGGCAGAAUCAAUGUUGUACACACAAAAGCUGGAAAUAGACCAAAAUUUAAUCGGAAAAAGAGCUCCUACAUGAGUGAUGUGACACUAAGAUCAGAGGAUGGAAAGGAUUUCCCUUGUCACAAGUGUGUUCUGUGUGCACGGUUAGAAUAUUUCCGUAGCAUGUUGGGCAGUUGCUGGAUUGAGGCUUCCUGCUGCUCGGCUCUGGAAAUGCCCAUCCACUCUGAGAUUCUGCAGGUCGUCCUGGAUUAUAUCUACACUGAUGAAUCUCCUACCAUCAGAGAGUCCUCGCAUGUGGAGUUUCUGUGUAAUGUGCUAGUUGUGGCAGACCAGCUCCUCAUCAGACGUUUGAAGGAGAUGUGUGAAGUGGCGAUUACAGAAAAGCUGACCCUGAAAAAUGCAGCGGAGCUCCUUGAAUUUGCUGCCAUGUAUUAUGCAGAUCAACUGAAACUGUCAUGCCUGCAGUUCAUUGUAUUGAAUAUGGCAGCAUUACUUGAAGCAAGAACUCUGGAUGUUCUUAGUGCUGAGGUGCUGAAGGAGCUGUCUGCUGCUUACCGGAGAAUGAUCCCUGCUAUGCAAAGGAGAAUAAUCACACCAUAUCUAGAUGGGCCUGACCUGAGUUGUUUUGAGGAGGGUGAUGGCGAUACCUUGCUGUGGAGCAAGACUGAUGCAGACACAGAACCUGUGUGCAGAGAAACCCUUUUAAAAAGAGCCAAAAUCAAGGCCAAGAAGAAGCCAAGGAGGCGCUCUGACAGUUCAGGGGGUUAUAACCUCUCUGACAUCAUCCACAGCCCGACCUCCAGAGGUUUAAUUAAAAUUGGAAAGACAAAUUCCAUUGAAUCGCUCCAGGAGCUCCUGACAUCUGAUUCAGAGGGAAGCUGUGCAGGAGUUGGCAGCCCCAGAGAGCUACAAUCGCCUGUCUUCAUGGCAGGACCCGGCCACGAUCAUUCUGAGAUGGAGGAAAAAUCUCAAGUUAUAGAAACAAAAAGCCCAACUCCAAGCAUCAAGAUGAAAGACCAGAAGGCUUCUACUCCACAGUCUAUCCAGAGACCAAUAACAAGCCCAACCAGUCCUCCUGUGUUGGAUCUGAGAGCUUUCAUGGAAAUGGAAGCACAUAUACAAAACUGUGGAGCUACUCAUAAAAAUAGUUCAGGUAGUGGUAGUAAACCCACGAUACAUGGAACCAAGAUUUCCCAGAAGCAAAGAAAAAUGAUUGCUAUGUCAGCUAGAGUGUGCAACUCUGGAUCAAGGAAUGGGGACAGCGCCCCUUUGAAGUCCGGUCCAUCAACAUCUCAGUCUGAAAAAGCAUGGGCGACUCCUCUGCACUCUUCUCCAUCUCCCAAGUCUUUCCGGGAUCUUUUGAUGGAAGAGGAGAAGACAGGAAGACCCGUCCUCUCCUCACUCAUAGUUACUAAGAAGGUUUCUUUCAAAGACAAGGAGCAGCAUGAAAAUGAGAAGACGAUGUCUGGCCCCUGGUUGAACCCUGCAGUGAGCAGUCCUCCAGCAGUGGCACCCGUUACUUUUGCAGCUAUUGUGGAGGAAGAACGGCAACAGGAAGCAGCUCUUAUUAGAAGCAGAGACAAGCCUUUGGCAUUGAUCCAGAUUGAGGAGUGUGCUAUUCAAGAUUUACUCAUCCACUACAAUGCUUUUGACAACCCAGAUGAGUUCAUCAGAGUGGAGAGAGCAUCCCAAGGCCCUAUAGCAAUUCCAAUGUGGAAUAAACACUGAGCCUCAAUCCCCCCCCCAGAAUUGGAUUAAAGAUAGGUACUCCUACCAGACACUAGACCUCUAUCUGAGUAUAUAUGUGAACUAGUAAGCUUAAUUGUAGGUGUUAGCAUUUUUUAAACAGUGGUUGUCUUCAGCUUGUAUUACCACUGGAUUUUUUUCAUUGAGGAGGGAAUGUAAACUCUAGUUUUUGCAUUGUAUGUAUUCUUCCAGGAUUAGUACAAUUUAAUUUAUAUAAAAUGUGGCUUAACUCUUUCAACACUGGGGGACAUGUAUAGGAAUAACUAAUACUCCCAUUUUAUAAAACAUGCAUUUACUUAGUGUUGAAAGAGGGAAACAAAGUUAAUUUUUAAAAGACUAAUUGAAGUCUUGUGUGAAUCAUAGUGUUCAACCUUAAUCAGGAAAAAAAAGCUUAAGCUGAUGAAUAAAAUUACAUUACUCUAUAACAAAAUGCAUAUUGGGCUAGAAAAUAUUAUAUUGGUUUGUGCCUAGCAUUUUAUAAUUUUUUUAAAUGCAGAGCAUGUGUAGCCUUAUUGGUAUAUGAUUGUAAGCAGAACAGCAAAAUAUGAGAAUUCAAACAUUUGCAUUUAAGGUGCUUGAAUUUUAUUUCUGCUUUGUUUACAGAGGGUUGGGGGGGUGGGGUGGGGGGUUGCUUGUAAGUGUUGAAAUAACUAUUAGUCUGCAAACAAUGAAACAUAAAAAGCAAGUGUGUGUAAUGUACUAUAAAGUGAUUUGAUCAAGCUGGGCAAAAUGUCACUUUGGAGUUCUGCUGGGAAUGCAGCAGCCUGCAACUAGGAACAAUAAACUCACCUGUGCAAUAAA